AAACAAACUGCAGUCGAGGACCUUCCGAACGGAGCUGUUGAAUUUACGGGAUUUUAUCAAAAAUGUCCAAACAAUUUGUUGGGUUUUCUGACGAUGAUAUCUUCAAGAUCACUCGACAGGCGGGUGGCAAAGAGCCGGCGAAAGAACUGUCGCGUCCCCACAGCAGACAACCAAAAGUACCACCGGGCGCGGUGAAAUUUGUUCCACCACCAUCAACAGUAAACGGCAACCUCAGUACCGUCAGCUGUGUCGACACAAGCAUUUAUCCUCAACAUCCAAUCCAACAAGCUGUUGCCUUUAAACCGCUACCAGUUAUGAUGAAUGGUCCGGUGGAUGAAUCAAUUCUAGUACUUCCGAACCUACCAGCAACGUUGGGCAAAAAUUCCGAACCAACUGUUGCUACCAGUUCGCCAGGUGUGGCCGGUUUGCGAACCAAUCUGAACGAUGUGCUCACUCCAUUCAAAGGCAUGUCGUUGAAGGAUUUUGAACAGCAACGAAAAAUGAUGGAAGAACAGAAUAGGCAGAAACGGGACAUUCUUCAUAAGGCUAUAGAGCAACAUGCACAAAAAACAGCAGCGGAAGCAAGCAAAAUCCAGGAGAUUAAAUCCGAACUCAGCAAACUAGACUCCGAGCUGGCAUCGGAUGUAGCAAUUUUACGCAAACAGAUCGAUGCGGCGAGCCUGCACUUUUCGAGUGUUGAGAAAAAUUACCUUAGCAUAGAAAAUCUUUUCCUCAAAGCGAAGGUCGAGCUUCACCAAGCGUUGGAAAAGAAGGAAAUGUUAACCGAACAUUUGUGUGCAAUCAUUUCCCACAACGAGGAACGGAAGGCGAAACGUUUGUCCGAAUUGAUGGAGAAGGUAGGCAUUUCGGUGACAGAUCAUUUUGACGACACAAUCAAUGGAAACAGCAAUACGGGUGCAACGGACACUACCACCGAGCCAGACAGCAUCCAGUCGGCGCGCAAUUAAAACUGUUUCUUAAUAGAUAGGUAAACUUCACGCUGUGAUACAGCAUACGAACGGUGACGCAGCACCACUAACAAAACAACCAAAUCUGAUAACAAAAGAAAAAAUCUCGUUGAAAUUGAGUCCCUUGGACUUAUUUUUCGGUACUUCCAAGACAAGACUUUAAUGCACGAUUCCGGGAGAACACUUGCCUUUAACGCAUUUUAACACAUUAUUCUAUACUAUGCAUUUUAAACUCCGUUGUAUCUUACAACAAAGUAGAGGAUAGGAAAACAACACAAUAAAAAGCAAUGUUAGAGUUAAUGAUUGUACUCACGAGCGCCGCACACUAAAGUAUUGUAGGGUAUUGCAAUUGUGAAUCAAACCUUGCCAGGAGGUAAUGGUGAUUUAAAUGGACAAUAAACGAUAUUAUACAUAUUUUCUAUAACAUUUUACACGCUAACUUUCAAUCGUUUUCUGUUCCCGCA